AUGGAUAGUAACAAUAAUCAUACUAAUAAUAUUGCAAAAGAAUUGAAAAAUCAAGUUUUUAUAAUAACAGGAGCAACAGGUACAGGUAAAACACCAAUUUCUAUUGAAAUUGCUAAAAGAUUGAAUGGAGAAAUUAUUAAUGUAGAUUCUGUUCAAAUGUAUAAGGAAUGUUCUAUCGGAAGUAACAAAAUUAAAGAAGAGGAAAUGCAAGGAAUUUCUCAUCAUUUAGUUAAUAAUGUUUCAUUGGAAAAAUGUGCACACGAUAAAACUCAUCAAUAUACAGUUCAACAAUUUUAUGUUGAUGCUCAUGAAAAGUGUUUGGAAAUUCUGGCGAGAGGAAAAUUGCCAAUACUCGUUGGAGGAAGUGCUUUUUACUUGAAUACAUUCAUUGAUGGAACUAAUUUGGAAAUUCCACAACCAACUACUCUUUCUGUUCAAAAAAUGGAUGAUUUAACACGAGUUUCAACUGAUGAAUGGGAUAGAAGAUAUAAAGUUUUACAAGAAAAAGAUCCAGAAUAUGCAUCAAAAAUUCACAGAAAUGAUUUAUAUAGAUUGAAUAGAGCUUAUACUAUUGUGACUGAAUCUGGAAAAACAAUGAAAGAAUUCAAGUAUAAGAAUGGAUUUAUGGAUAAAGUAUCUGAAAAUAAUUUAGAUGUUCGUGGAAUUGUUCUCUAUUUAGACAGAUAUAAACUCUAUGCAAGUUUGGAAAGGAGAUGUGAAAAUUUAGUGGAAGCUGGACUUUUAGAAGAAGUAUACAGUUUAAUGGAUCGAGGAAUAUUACUAGAUCAUACAGUUCCAUUCAGAUCAAUUGGUUAUAAGGAAGCUUAUGAUUUCAUUAAUUAUAUGAAAACUGUUGAUAGGAGGGAUCACUUUUUCAAAUCAGCUUUAAAGAAAUCCUUCUUGAGAUUUUUGAGAGAAUUCAAAGUUUCCACCAGAAGAUAUUCCAAACAUCAAAAUACAUGGUUCAGAAAAGAUGAAACAAAUUAUGAAUGGAUUAAUAGUGAAAACUUUUUAAAGAUGGAUGUAAUGGUUGAUUUUAUUGUCAAUAAUAUUAUGAUGGUUCCAAGAGAGACCUUUAAGGAAAAUGUGAAAAGAGAGGAACAAAUAUUGUUGAAAAAGAGUCAAAGUCUUGCUGAAAGUGAAAUUGUGAACAAUGUCAGCAACAAAUUACAACAGGCAACACCCAAGAAGUCAACUCUGGUAAAGAAGAAGGCUGAAGAUUUUAAUGAACUUUAUCUGUAUAAGGAUAAAGCUGUUUUAGAAGCAAGAUUGGCCAAAAUUGAAAAAUUAUUAUUUAAUAAAUAG